UUUCAUUUCACUCUUAUCUCUUAUGUAUCAUUGCACAACCUUACUCCUUAAGAUCUCACUCUACACAAUUUAACUAUGAUGAUGCACGCAUUUCUUCUAUAAUGGUGAAGCAACGAACUUUACAAAAUAUUAGCCGAUCUCACCCCAAAAAACACGAGCAAUGGAAAAUUAAUUUAUGCAGAUAACCCAAGAAAGGUGAUCGCCGAGUCUCUAAAAAAUUUCCAAAAGUGAAAGAUUAUUUGGAGGAAGGAAUUCAUAGGGGGUUGCAUCCGUUUCGCAGCUUGCACAGAGUUGUAACCAAAAUUCACCACAACACGGAAAUCCAAAAUAUUUCAGGCAGAGGAGAAAAAUGCAUAAGAUUUGGGAAAGUAGUGAAAUGGACUAUUCGUGGUUGAGAAUAUUGUUAAUCGGUGGUGGAUGCGUGGGAAUAGGUUAUAUUCUGGGUCGCAAGCCUUUGAAUUUUAGAGCGAUCAUAAAGAGAGGCGUUACUCGUAAGUCUACUCUCAAUGCCUCACCUCCUUCAUAUGAUGGCAAAACCGAUCUUCACGAGAUCGAGCAGGUAGCAGAGUUUAUGGAAGAUUUUAAAAUGGUGUUAGUUGUAAGAAAUGACCUGAAAAUGGGCAAGGGCAAGAUUGCUGCUCAAUGCAGUCAUGCAACUUUAGGUUUGUAUAAGAAACUGUUUUAUAGGGCUCCAAAAGCUUUACAAAGGUGGGAGAUGUGCGGUCAAGUUAAAGUAGUAACAAGAGUUGAUAGUGAGGAGGAAUUACUCCUUCUGCAGAAUCGAGCAAAGACAUUGAAGUUACCUACACAUAUUACAAUUGAUGCCGGCAAAACACAAAUCGCUCCCAAUUCAAGAACUGUAAUGGCGAUUCUUGGGCCCUGUGACAUUGUUGAUGAAGUAACUGGAGAUCUAAAACUUCUUUGAUUGCUUCUGAAUGAUUAAUUGAAUAAAAGUGGAGCAUUGUAACACCUAUAUUUUGGUGGUGUAAUUGCAUCUAUGAAGCCCAAUAUAUAGAUGCUUGUGCUAGCAGUUUCCAAUUUGUUUUUGGAAAUUGAAAUAUGUGACAAAAAGAAGCCAAGUGUUUUCCCAAAUGUUGGUAUAAAGAUGAUGAUGACAAAAUGGAAAGAUAAUAUAUUUUAUUCUUAUUUUAAGAUCUCAAGGAAAUUCGUGUUGCAAUAGUGACAUGGAAGUGAUUGUCCUUUUGGGCAUAUAUUAUUAUUAUUAUUAAUCAAGAUCUUAUUAAUUUAA